AAUGACAAGUAUUUUAUCAAUAGUAUUUCGAAGGGAGCCUAGGCAUAGGGCUAUCAACCCUAAGCCAGUGUUAUGCUCAGAGCUGUGAUCUCUAUGACAAAAGUUGCUUUUAUUAACUUCAACAUUAGGCAUGCUUGCUUAUCUUGGAGCACUGUAAGAAGCACAAUUACUCUUGUUCGGAGUUUACAUUUUGCAUUGAAGAGGUGGGAAGAGGAAAUCUAUGGAGAUGGUGUAAAAUGGAUGUUUCUGGAACAUAAAGGUCCGUUAUUUGCACCUGAAUAUGAGAACCUUCCCUCGGGCAUCAAUUUCUAUUAUGAUGGCAAUCAAAUGAAGUUGACUCCUGCAGCAGAAGAAAUGGCCACCUUCUUUGCGAAGAUGCUGGAUCACGAGUACACCACAAAGGCAAUUUUCAGACAAAACUUUUUUGAGGACUGGCGGCAGGAAAUGAGUAGCUCAGAGAGGAUGAUAAUCAGAGACCUAAAUAAAUGCGAUUUCACAGAACUUCAUCGAUACUUUACUGAAAAAGCAGAGGCCAGAAAAGGAUUGCCCAAAGAGGAAAAACAGAAAUUAAAGAUGGAGCAAGAUGCAAUCAUUGAGGAGUACGGCUAUUGUAUAAUGGAUGGGCAUCGGGAAAGAAUCGCAAACUUCAAAAUUGAGCCACCAGGGCUUUUUCGUGGCCGUGGUGAUCAUCCGAAGAUGGGAAAACUGAAGAGAAGGAUCAUGCCUGAAGAUGUCAUCAUCAAUUGUAGUAGUGAUUCAAAGAUCCCAACACCUCCACAAGGUCAUCGUUGGAAGGAAGUGCGUUUCGAUAAUAGAGUAACUUGGCUGGCGUCAUGGGUGGAAAAUGUCCAGAAUCUUAAUAAAUAUAUCAUGCUCAACCCAAGUUCCAAGCUUAAGGGUGAGAAGGAUUUGCAGAAAUAUGAAAUUGCCCGGCGUCUGAAGGACAGAAUUGACGCAAUCCGACGUCAAUAUCGUGUAGAUUGGAAAUCAAGGGAAAUGAAAUCACGACAGAGAGCAGUGGCACUUUAUUUCAUUGACAAAUUGGCUUUGAGAGCUGGGAAUGAGAAGGAAGAAGGGGAGACUGCUGAUACAGUUGGUUGCUGCUCACUCCGUGUUGAACAUAUUAAUUUGCAUGAUAACUGUGACGGACUGCAGUGUGUGGUAGAAUUUGACUUCCUGGGAAAAGACUCGAUCCGAUACUACAAUAAAGUAGCAGUGGAGAAACAGGUGUUCAAGAAUCUAAAGUUAUUCAUGGACAAUAAGGAUCCUACAGAUGACUUGUUUGACAGAUUGAAUACCUCUGACUUGAACAAGCAUCUUCAAGAGUUAAUGGAGGGACUCACAGCCAAAGUGUUUCGAACAUACAAUGCCUCCAUUACACUGCAAGAGCAAUUGGCAGAACUGACAAACCCCGAAGACAGUGUUGCAGAAAAAAUAUUGUCCUAUAAUAGAGCUAACAGAGCAGUGGCCGUUCUCUGCAACCACCAGAGGGCACCCCCGAAAACCUUCGAGAAAACUAUGAAAAAUAUGCAGGCCAAGAUUGAAGCAAAAAUGGAGCAACUUGAUGCAGCUAAGAAAGAUCUGAAAAAUGCUAAGGUGGAUUGCAAAGUGAAAAAAGAUGAAAAAUCUAAACAGGUGGUUGAAAAGAAGAAGAAACUUGUCCAAAAGUUAGAAGAACAAUUGAAAAAAUUGGAGGUUCAAGCAACAGACAGAGAGGAGAACAAGCAGAUUGCAUUGGGCACAUCUAAACUGAACUAUCUUGAUCCUAGAAUCACAGUGGCUUGGUGCAAGAAAUGGAACAUUCCCAUCGAGAAGAUCUACAAUAAGACACAGAGAGAGAAAUUUGCCUGGGCUAUUGAUAUGACCGAGGAGGAUUUUGAAUUCUAAAGCCAUGCUCAUCUCAAAGCAACUUACUCAGUACCUCAGGGAGUUAAAACAAAUGUUACAUUAUAAAGAUUUGUACUUGAACACUUCAGUGAAUGUUUCUGUUAAAUUUGUAUUUGUUAAAUUUAUAUAUAAUACAGUUUUUUGGUAAAUUUGCAUUGUGCAUAUUUGGUAGGAAAUGUGGAAAAAAGUAAGAUUAAAGGUAAUGAGUAUA